GGGCGCGGCAAACACACGCGUCGACAGAUUGUCGUCGAGUGUUACGAGUACACACCGGCCGAUUGCACCGGGAGAACGCAAAAUUAAAUCAAGCUUUGCUCCAAUGACCCUCUCAAGUAGUCCUGCGUGCUCGCGCCGAUCGCGCGAGGGUACGUCUUGCCAGGCUUUUUUCGGGUUGUUCGGCUCCGGCGCUAGCAUGCUUCAUUCUUUGCUAAACCUCCUGGGAAAUCGCGGCCGUGACGACGACGCGCCAGACGCGGGUCACGCGGCGCCGCCGCCGGCGCGACGCUCGCUGUUGAUCGUCGCCGCGGACGUGCACUUCAAGAUAAAGGAGUACACAAGGAUGCGAAAGGUAUUUAACGCGUACGCCGCUCGCAAGGGCGUCGCCGUAGAUUCACUCCGCUUUCUGUUCAAAGGCUCGCACGUCCGCGGCGACCAGACGGCUUCCGAGAUUGGCAUGGCGAACGGCGACCAGCUAGACGUCGAGAACCACCCCAUGAUCUACCACGCCGACAUCCACAGAUGCACCGGCCCUGGCUUUGGUGACCGCACGGCUCGUUUGGUAGAACGCGCGCGCCGCGGCGAGAUCGUACUUUUCCUGGAAGGCCAAUGCAACCAGAGGACUGAGAUCUUCACGAUAAUGAACGGCGUGGAGAUUUCAUACGAGGGGCCAAACAUCCGCGGCCUCGAGGACCCAUGGGGGGCGGAGGACUGGGCUGCGGCCACAUUAUUUAAGGACCCUUUACUGUCUGGAAGUUUGGAUGCCACCGUAGCGACGGUUGCCGACCAUCCCCGCGGAAGCAACCUCGUGACAUGCACCGCAGCUCUCAUGGCGCUAGGGGCCGGCCCGGCCGGGCUCCCACCAAUGGAGGAGCCGGCGCCAAGAUGGUUUCUCGACAUGCUCGCGAUUUUGGAAUUUGUGAACGGCUACACGUCUGACCCGUGGGAGGCAGAAGGCGCCGUCUCCGCCGCCGUCCUUUGCCUGGGCGGGUGCCCUUGGGACGUUCCCCUCGAUUUCACGAGGAGGCUUGCCGUGAGCGUCCUGGGACACGACGACGUCACCCGUGAGCCCUGCACUACUAUUUUGAAUACGCGACGCGAGGCAGCUUGGGCCCGGACGAUUACAGCGGCCAUGCGCGAAGACGACAGCACGCGCGAGUACCACGCCAUCGUCGGCGCGGGACACCUAUAUCCAGCGCGAGCACGCACGCCGGAUGAUAUGCGUCGCGGUGGCACCAUCCCUUCGCAAUAUGUGAUGCGCGGGUUGAGCGAGUGGGAUGCCCGGAUCCCCGGCCCGCGACUCACCGAGCUGCUCCCCGGGGAAAUAGUCGGUUAA